GCUCAGGGUUCCGGGGAAGAGCACCGCAAGGACGCGAGCGCGGCAGUGCCACCGCUGCGAUGGAGGCAAUGACCUUAGGGGUCCGGGGGCUGCGGCUGUGGCGGGUCGCCCGCGGCGGCGGGGCCGGCCGGAAAUUUAUAGCGACAUCGCCAGCAUCUCAGCUGUCACCGACGGAAUUGACAGAAAUGAAGAAUGAGCUCUUUAAUAAAGAGAAAAGCAGGCAGUUAUCAUUAACACCUCGAACCGAGAAGAUUGAAGUUAAGCAUGUUGGGAAAACUGACCCUGGCACUGUCUUUGUGAUGAAUAAAAAUGUUUCGACUCCUUACAGUUGUGCCAUGCAUCUAAGUGACUGGUACUGCAAGAAGUCCAUCUUGGCUCUCGUGGACGGACAGCCUUGGGACAUGUACAAGCCUUUGACCAAGUCCUGUGAAAUUAAAUUUCUUACUUUCAAAGAUCGGGACCCAAGAGAAGUGAAUAAGGCAUAUUGGCGUUCCUGUGCCAUGCUGAUGGGCUGUGUGGUAGAGCGCGCAUUCAAAGAUGAGUACGCGGUCAGUCUUGUCAGUGCUCCAGAAGUUCCUGUGAUUGCCGGAGCCUUCUGUUAUGAUGUGGUUUUGGAUAAAAGACUUGACGAGUGGAAGCCAACAAAAGAGAACCUGCAUUCCUUCACAAAAGAUGCACAUACUUUAGUUUAUAAAGAUCUUCUAUUUGAAACUUUGGAAGUCGAAGCAAAAGUGGCAUUAGAAAUAUUUCAGCAUAACAAGUACAAAAUAGAUUUCAUAGAAGAGAAGGCAUCUCAGAACCCCGAGAGAGUAGUCACUCUACACAGAUUUGGUGAUUUCAUAGAUGUGACCGAGGGCCCUCUUAUUCCAAGAACAAGUAUUUGCUCCCAGUAUGAGGUGUCAGCGGUUCACAACCUUCAAGCCACGCAGUCAAGCCUCGUCCGAAGAUUCCAGGGUCUCUCUUUGCCUACUCACUUAAGAGCACAUUUUACAAUAUGGAAUAAGCUAUUGGAAAGAUCUCGGAAAUUGGAGCUGCUACUCUAGAAGAGGAUGAUGUGUACACAAAUCACAAAGGUGGGGGAAUAGAAUGAAGCACUUUACUUAUUAAACUGUACUUUGGGAAGACAGAGGAGAGUGAUCACUUUCGGGUACACCCCUUUUUGAAGGUCUUGUACUAUGUGUUAGGCAGGGGCUAAGGGUCUGCUGCUGAGCUGCCGGCAUCUGGGAAAGGGUAGUUUUGGGAUGAUGGUCUGCCUAUGGUCUUGCCAUUGUCAUCUGGGCUGCCAAAUUAGAAGCCUUGAGCCUGGAACAUUCCCUGAUAACAGAGGCUGGGAACUGAGCCUCCUUCAGUCCUGGUUUCUUCUUAUCAGGGAGACUCCUUCUCUGUUUUUGAGCUUAAUGAAUACCUCUUUGUUCUGCUUAUGUGUGCGGUGUCAUAAGGCACCUGGCCAACCUCAUUACUGUAUCUAUUCCCAGUGGGGAGGGAACAGUGUUUCCCAAAUGCAACAUGAAGGGUGUGUGCAGACCACCAGCCCUGCAUCGGCUGCGGAGAGUGACCUGCUGGCCCACUAUUAAAGCUAACCUUGCUCUUCUGUAUAUAAGAUUGUUCCAUCCGAUGCCCAUGUGUAACUUGUGUCUUUUUUGGCGACUCUGGACCUUAGCUCAGCAGGUAGGAUUCUCAUAAGUGUAAACUGGCUCUAAUGACUUUUGAAGCCCCAGCAGCACGAGGGUGGGAGGCUGUGAUAGGAUGGCACCACACUUUUCGAUGGUUCCAUUAAUCAACUGAUUUACAAGGCAGGACCCUGUCCCCACUCCCUUCUCACUGACUUUCCCUUACUGCUGCUCUAAGCAGCAGCUGAUGGCAUGGGGCUAGAUCAUACAAGGUCAUCAGCUGGUUGCAGCUGGUGGUAGAACACAGGGCAGCUGGUUUCAGUGGGGUAUUAUUGAGAAGGUUAGGGUGUUUUUGGCAGGGAAAGAUGAUGAGACUUGAAAUACAAUUGCUUCUUAUCCCCACAGAGGUCAAGAAUAGCAUAGGGCAUUUAUCAGCCCACGUUGCAGAGUCGUUACAUACAAUGGAGCGUGUAAACAGACAUGAGAUUUGUAUGUUGCAGAAUUUCUGCUGAGCACCAUUCCUAGUUACCACAUAGACAGUAACCUGUGUAUAAACCACUGUUUCUGAGAGUUGGUUUAUGAACCACCUGCACCACCUGGUUAGCUUGUGAAAAUGUAGAUUCCUCAGCUCCAUGACAGAAUCAUUUCUUGGGAUGCAGCCUGGGAACCUGCACCUUGACAAGCUUUCUAGGUGGGAAUCACUUCCUGUCUUAUCAGUUAUAUGUAGAACUUCUCAGUCACUUGUUUGCUAGAAUCCAUAAAAAACAAACCUGUUGCCAUCGAGUCAAUGACAACUCAUAGCGACCCUACAGAACAGAGCAGAACUGCCCCAAACAGUUUCCAAGGAGUGGCUGGUGGAUUCGAAUUGCUGUCCUUUUGGUUAGCAGCUGUAGCUCUUAACCAUUGAACUUUUAUUUACCAAAAAUCACCCUUUUGAGCCAAUGUGUAUAGUAGAGUGAAAUACCCACUGUAUAUUAAGCUCAUUUCUGUUUUUAGAAUUGGACUUGGAAUAACGAUGAUGUGAUCAAGUCAGUAUAUACUGAAGUGGGCUAUGACCAGGAGAGACGGUGGUUCAGCCCUCAAGGGCAUCACUGCCUCUAAAGCGGUCAUUCACAUGCCAACACAAAUACUUAUGAUAGAGUGACUUCAGGGCUAGUGAACUGGGAAAUCCCUGAGCAUUGCAGAGAAGGAUGGAAGAAUGACUGAAGAUAGAAAAGAUACCACUGAAAUGACACUUCAGGAAUCUACCUAGAAAAAAUCCAGUUAGAUGUAUACUUAGCCAGGUGAGUACUAAUUCUGGAACACCUUGAUUUGUUCAAACACUACAGUAACAGGAAAAAUAACAAUAAAAAACCCUUUAUAAGAACAAUUAUUUCCUUAUCCUUACUACUACAGGAGAAUUUGGAAGCCAAAGCAGAGAGUUGAACUCUUAUGUACCAGUGUUAGCUCUUGGUUCCACUGUUGCCCAGUCCUUCUUAAUGGGGGCCCCCACACUAGUUAUUUUCAAAUGUUUCCCAUUUAUGGACUCUGUUAUUUUUCUUCAAGCUCCUUUUCUCUAUUCAAGUUCCCCCACUUUCUUUGAGGUACUGGGUGUCUUCUAUAUUCAGAAAAUUUCUAAUAUUCUGUUUUCUCCAAUCCCCUGACUUCACUUUUUUCCCUCUUAUUCUUUCUUCUAGUCUCUUUUUCCUCUAUGUUUUUAGUUACUGGAUUCAUCUAACUGCUGACAGUGAAUAGACGAGGUCUGGGCUCUAAUUCAGCCAAUUUCUGGGGAAGUGGGUCAGAUGCUAGACAACCCUCUUGCCAUUCUCCUCCUGUUUAAAGCAACCUUGCCCUGUAUAAUUUAGUAUUUGAUUUAAUUCAGUCAGCUAGGUACAAAACUGGAUUCCUGUUACCUUCUCCGCCCCCCACAGAGCCCACAGUCAGUUCUACCACCCCUAGCUAUUUAUUUAAAACAAAAUCACACCCAUUUCCUUGAUACUUAAACAUUUCCCCAACCCAAGCACACGCAUCUAGUCUCACUCAUACUUUGUGAAAUUUUGGAAUGACUGGGUAUGUUAGUCAGAAGGAAUCCAUCUAAUACCAGGAGAUCAGGAACUAGAAGCUUCAGAAUGUCGGGCAGCAGAAAAAACCCCAGCAACCCUAGAGGUAUCUAGGUUCUCUAGAUUGUCUUCAUGGAGUUGUGGCUUGAUCGGAGCUAAAGCAUGCUUGGAGAGACCUACUGGGGUAGAUCAUUUGAUUUAGAUGACUUGAGAUUUAAAAAUUUUUUGUUUUUUAAAUUUCAUCUGUUUACGUUUUUAACUGUGGCUAGUAGAAAAAUUUUAUUUUUAGUGAAAAAAUACACAACAAAACAUACACGCAUUCCACAAAUUGUACAGUUCAAUGAUAUAGGUUACAUUCUUUGUAUUCUCACCGUCUGUACCCAUAUUGUUUCACCACCAUUAACUUAGACUUACUGCCCCUAAACUUCUCAUCUAUGCUUGAGAGUUACUCUUGUCAAUUUGGCAAGAUUUAAAAGUUUUAAAGCUGGUGUUUAUUUAACAUAAUGCUUAACAGACAUUGUGCUAAUGCUUAACACGCAUUAACUCAUUUAAGCUUUACUUUAAAUUUACUACUAUUACCAUUUCACUGAAAAGGAAACUGAGGUUUAAAGAGAGGUAAUUUGCCUAAGGUCAUAUAAAAACAAACCAACAAAAAAACACCAACCGAUUGCUGUGGAGUCAACUCUGAUUCAUGGCAACCCCAUGUGUGUCAGAUAGAACUGUGCUCCAUAGGGUUUUUAAUGGCUGAUCUUUCAGAAACAGACUGCCAGGUCUUUCUUCCGAGGUGCUUCUGGGUGGACUCAAACUUCCAACCAACCGGUUAGCAGCUGAGCAUGUUAGCCAUUUGCGCCACCCAGGGACCCCUAAGACCAUGUAGUGCUCUACAAAUCAGGCAUUUCAGAGCACAGCUUUCUUAAAGUACCAUUUUGAUGCCCACAGCUGUUCAUUUGAAGAGCAGGAAGGGAACGCUAGAUUAGUCUUUUCCACAAUCCUAACGUUCUAUGACUUGGUAGCUCUAAGCAGCAAACGGGGUUUUGAAGAAUUGGGACUCAAAACAUGGAUUCCUCUUGUAAAUUCUCCCUGUAGUCCCAAAGAACACUCUUGAGGGUGACAUUAGCUACAUGGGGGCUCCAUGGAGCCACACAUUCAUCUCAAGGGUAAGAGGAGAAAUUUAUCUUGGCAGCACAGACAACUUGAACAGAAAGGGGAGCAAGGCCCAGGGGGUGCCCUUAGCUGAGAACACUCUCUCCUAGAAGUCAGAAAUAUUCCCUUUUUUUCCCAUUGUCCUUUUCUGUGGCAAUAUCUUCUGAAAUUACAAUUUGUACUUUGCAAAAGAAAAAAGGCCAAAACAAAAAAAGAAGUUAUUUCAAGUCAACUAAAAGCAACUCCAGAGAUGUAUCUGGUUACGGUGAAUAACUGUUCGGCAAAAUAACUGCUAAGAAGAACUGCUGCUACAAAUAUAUAUUACAUUUUUUGGGGGUUAUGCUAACUUAAUUACAAUUGGCUGGAUAUUUGUAAGUGAUAUAAUUAUGGAGAAAGCUUGUACAAAAAUCCAAAUAUUAAAAUUUUUAAUUAAAUUGAAUCACUAGUUUUUUUUCUAACAAACCGUGGGGACUAGUUCUCAGAUUAAUUUUACUACAUCUUUUGUAGCAUUUUGUAUUUUACAAAGUAAUUACCCAUCUCAUGUAAGCCUUACACUAACCCUGUAAGGGAUCCCCAUUCUAUGGACUAAGAAACAGGCUAGAGAGGAAAAGUGAAUUCUUUUACCCCAUGCCAUUGUUAAGUGGCUGAGCUAUUGAACUUGAACCUAGAUUUGGAACGUACUUUCAAAUAUGCUCCUUUUAUUAAAUCUUUGUAUUUUAUGGGGAAAGACAGGCAGCUGUUUUAGACAUCAUUUACCAUGUUUAUUGUUGAAUAAUCUUUUUUUUUU